AUGCCUUUUACAGACGUCUUCGGCAUGGUGGGAAAUGACUGUGGACGCUGCAAGUGGUGCAAAGUUAGUGAUCAGAUAAAAAGUAAUAAAAUUGUGAGGCCCAUGAAUAAAUACCCUUGGAUGGUAGCUUUGUAUCAUAAAAAUGGGGACUUCAUUUGUGGAGGUGCUAUUAUUUCUCCAACGUUUAUAAUUACGUCUGCACAUUGCCUAGUGCCUUUCAACUUUAGUGAAAAAGAGUCCUGUGAAAGCACAGUAUUAAGCAAAAGUUGCUACAUUCCAGUCAAUCGUACAGAGGUGGUGCUACUGGGAAAGAAAAACUUCACUGAACGGAUCAAAGUAAAGAAAAUCAUACCUCAUAAAUAUUUCUCUCCGCACAUUCUUUCGCACGACAUUGCCCUCGUGCAAUUGGAAUCUCCCAUCAAGUGCAACAAAAGAGUCUUUCCAAUCUGCUUGCCAACAAGGAAUUUCCUUCAGUUAGGCAAGAACCUAAUUGUGAUUGGCUGGGAGAAACACUGGCCAGAUCAGAGCAAGGCACCUAUCAGGCUGAAAGAAAGCUCACUGACUCAGAUUCCAUCCUACAGGUGUCACCCAGAAAAUGCCUUCAGUGCCAUCUUUGCCACCAUCUGUACAAUAGCAAAGAACGAGACAAUUUCCCCUUGUAUGGGAGAUGCAGGAUCUAUAGCUGUUGCUAAGUUAGGACAAUUCUCUUUCAUCAUGGGAAUCACGGCAUUUGAUGUGAAAUUCAACUGCAAAAUUGAAUCGAGGAAGCAUAAUAUAUAUACUAGAAUAUUCCACUAUGUUAAGUGGAUCAUUCGACAUGUCGAAGAUCUUUCAUCUCCUAUCUGA